AUGAAGCUCUUGGCCGAGGAGGCGGUCAAGAAUUCGAAGAUGAUUUCGGAGCAAAACGUCUAUGCCGAUGGUCUCUCGAUCAGCGACACUUUGAGAGAAAAAGCGGACGCUUUCGAGAGACACUUUGAGGAAUAUCUGCCUCUCGCCAGAAUCUACAACGAAAAGUUGACCGACCUCGCCGAUGAAAAUCAAGCGCUGAUCCGCCAAUUCAAAAAGGGGUGGUCAAUCGAUAAAAUCGACGCGAAUGCCGGCUCCGACGGAGUAGAAACAUUCGAAAUUCCGCGACUAAAAGAACGUUUCGAAGAUGCCGACGAUCGAAUGGUGGUGGACAUCGGCCUAGAGAAGUUGAAGAAACUCGAGGAGCAAACGGCGGGUGCUGUCGAGCAGCAGUAUGAUGGAGUGAAGGGCAUGGUUCGGCUCAUCCACGAGCAAAUUGACGGGAAUGUGAAGCGGCUGGCUAAGGAGGCGAUCGAUAAUUCGAAGGUGAUUUCAACGCAAAAGGUCUACGCAAAUGGUGUCACGAUCAGUGAUGCUCUGCGCAAGAACGCUGACGAUUUCGAGAAGCAUUUCGAGGACUAUCUGCCCUGUGCUCGAAUCUACAAUGAAAAGCUGAUGGAGCUGGCCGAUGAGAAUCAGGCGUUGAUGUGCCAGUUUAAAGCAGAUCUCUCCAUUUCCACAAUUUCGGAGAAUAGCGACACAGAAGCUGAUCAGGGGGAUGAAGCUUCGACGGGGCCUGUGAAAGACGACUCGUGUUCC